AUCUUAUUUCUGCGUUCGCAGAUCAAUCUCUUCCUCGUUUCGGUAUUCCGCCAAAAGUAGCAAGUCUUUGUCUUCGUCUGUUUAUUCAUCUACCGCGUCUAGCUUCUGAAUUUUUAGUUUAUAUAUUUUUUCUUCAUAUCGCAAGAAUUAUCUGCGUUUUCGUAUCCUUUGAGAUCGGUUUUAGAGUUUGAGCUAUGGUGAAGGAGAGUGAGUAUUACGACAUUUUAGGCGUCAAGACUGAUGCCUCAGCUGCUGAGAUUAAAAAAGCAUAUUAUAUUAAAGCAAGGCAAGUUCAUCCAGACAAGAACCCUGGUGAUCCUCAAGCUGCUAAAAAAUUUCAGGUACUAGGUGAAGCUUACCAGGUUCUGAGCGAUCAGGAGAAGCGAACUGCUUAUGACAACUAUGGCAAAGAAGGCGUUCAACAGGAUGCAAUGGUUGAUCCUGCAGCUGUAUUUGGCAUGCUCUUUGGUAGCGAGCUGUUUGAGGAUUAUGUUGGGCAACUUGCUCUUGCUUCAAUUGCAUCACUCGAUGCAGAGUUAGAAUCACAUGAGCCUGAGACUAGAAGACAGAUGCUUCAAGACAAGAUCAAGGCGAUGCAAAAGGCAAGGGAAGACAAGCUUGUCGCUACAUUGAAAAUCAAACUCGAACCAUUCGUGGAAGGGCAAACCGAUGAAUUUGUAAAGUGGGCUAACGCAGAGGCAAAGCGGCUCUCUACAGCUGGUUUUGGUGAAGCAAUGCUGCACACUGUGGGUUACAUUUACACUAGAAAAGCUGCGAAAGAACUCGGAAAGGACAAACGUCUCAUGAAAGUACCGUUCUUAGCUGAAUGGGUGCGUGACAAAGGCCACAAGAUAAAAUCUCAAGUGAUGGCUGCUUCUGGUGCGGUUUCGUUACUUCAGUUGCAGGACGAAGUGAGCAAGCUGAAUCAGGAAGAGAACAGAGAGGAGCAUAUUCAGAAAGCCAUUGAAGCUAAAAAAGAUGCAAUGCUUCAAUCCCUUUGGCAAAUCAAUGUGCUUGACAUCGAAUCAACCUUAUCUCGUGUCUGCCAAGCGGUGCUUAAAGAUCCAAGUGUUUCAAAGGAUGUUCUUCGUGCUAGAGCUAGAGGAUUGAGGAAGCUCGGAAACAUUUUCCAGGGUUCUAAGAAACCAUACUCGAGAGAAAACAGCUUGCGUCACGAAGAAGCCACCGUGAAACUUCACGCCGGAGAUUCCUCGAAACCGGCGACGUAAAUUAAGAAAACCAAAAUUCGUAUUUAGCGUUUUGAAACGAAACGACCGUUUUUAAAAAAAUUCUUGAAUGUAUGGUAACGAUUCCUAUUUUUUUUUCUCCUUUAAAUUCAUAUUGUGCGAAGUGAUGGUGUCGUCUUUGUAUUCCCUUUCUUCAUUGAAUCUUUUUCUUCCGUGUUGGCAUCACAAAA